AUGGAUAAGAAUAAUUAUGGUAAUACGUCACCGGAUAGCCCAACACCAUUAAAAUAUUCAAAAUAUCUUUCUGCGUACUUAUCGCAAACAAGAAUUGUCGAUCAAGGUACUACCGUCGCUUCCUCUUGUGACGUGAGUAAAGAAAAUGAAUCACCCGCGUAUUCAUCGUUAUCAUCUUCAACGUUGUCAAAUUCUUUGAUGUUAUCAUCAAGAAAUUGGGAUCUCAAAAAGUUGAUUUCGAAAGUGGAUAAUAUCGCACAUACACUUGAUGAAACUCUAAUAAUUAUCCGAGGAAAAUCGUCGAAAGAAAAGUCGUUCAUGGACGAAUUAAAACAUUUGCGUGAAGCUGUAUCUCAAUAUAGUCAGUUGGACGAAUCCAUCAAGCGUAUGAUCGAAAAGACGCAAGUCAGUCUAAAAUCAGAAAUCACACAAGAACUCCUGAAUCAAAUCACGGCCCAAUUGUCAGAAUUUCGACAAGAAUUAUCCAAAAUAGUUGAAGACAAUACACAAUUACAGGAAAUAAAGUAUCAGGCAACAUUUCAAAGUGUCGCUGAAUCGCAAGCAUGGAAUUUGGUCGAGAUCCGAAAUGAACUUAACGCUCAUCGGCAACUGCUAGAUGCCAUAAUAGAGCAAAAUAAAUCGAUAUUCCAACUUCAUGAACGUUAUUUAUUAGAUUUUCAAAACAGAGAAAUAUUGAAAGAGAUGAAUAGUAUUAAUAACAACAGUAAUAGGAUUUUCAAGGAUCCGAUGAUUGAUAAUGAUAACCAGCAGCAUAAGUACCAGUUAUCUUCGGGUGAUGACGACGACAACAACAACAACAGUAAUGAGCUCAUGGAAUUACCUUCACUCAGAAAUCUGACUGAUGUUUCUCGUGCAAGUGAAAGGAAUUCGAUAGUUUCUUCUGAUUCUGAUAUUGCGAGGAAUACAACGACAUCCUUUCCACGAAUCCAGAACCAGCAGCCCAGUAAUAAUAUUACUAAUACUAGUAUUUCGGAAGGAAAAUCAAAAUUCAAGAUCUACUUAUAUUCUUGUACGCCAAAAAAUUAUGUCACGACCAAAUCCCCAACAGAAAAAGUCGCACGCUCUGUUAAUUUUUUAUCCACUCCUUCCGUGUUAAUGGUGCUUACCGCGUCUACCAAGGCGGCAGCACAGUUGGUGCAAGCUGUGUCUGCUGCGUUUAAUUUCAAGUCUACCUCGCUAAUACUCCCUCAAAUCAAACAACACCUUGGUUGGGAAGGUGUUAAUAGUAGCAAUGAUAACGACGAUGAGGAUAAAAGUAUUGUAGAUAAAAAGCAUAUAAAGUGGGAUUCCGAAACUACUAGCAAUGGUGGUACUGAAUCAGCUAAAAGAAACGGUCCAGAUAUGCCUGUUCAGCCUCAUUAUCGAUCCCCACGACUACCUAUUGUUCUAUGUCAUGGUCUUUUUGGAUUUGAUAAAUUAGGACCCGCCUCACUCCCUCAAUUACAAAUACAUUAUUGGGGUGGUGUUCAAGAAGCACUACAAAAAAUAGGCGCACAGGUUGUGGUCACCAAAGUUCCAAGAACUGGAGGAAUUAGAUCACGUGCACGAGAAUUGCAUCGAAUCUUGGAAUCCAAUCUAGCCGGGACAGAUGUGAAUCUUUUGGCGCAUUCAAUGGGAGGCCUUGAUUGUAGAUAUCUUAUCGCGCAUCUACCAACUGAAAAGUGCACGAUUCGUACAUUGACUACAGUUGCCACUCCUCAUCGUGGUAGUCCUUUUAUGGAUUGGUGCAGGGAUAAUUUCGGCGUGGGUGUAGUCCCAGAUUCGUUUGGCGCCACGGCUAAAGCCGUAGACGAGACAAUGAAUCGAUUGGAAAAUGGUUCACAUAAAGAUCAACAGAGAGCUGUUUCAUCUGAUCACGAUAAUGAAGAAUCUAUAUUUAGUAAAUACAGAAAACUUGUUAGUCAGUCUGGAAAUAAAGACUCGUCUUCUGGGACUAGAAAAAUAUUUCCACUUUCGAUUCCAAUACCAAAUAUGAAUUUCAGUAUUCCCAGUAUUCCCGUUCCAAACAUAAAUCUUCCACAAAUCUCUCUUCCCAAUAUCUCGCUUCCAAAUCUGAACGUCAGCCUCGCCUUAUCUUCCACUCUAGCUUCAACCACCGCGAUAAUAAAUCCUCUGACUCGUUUACUCAUACAAGCCGUAGACGCACCAGCAUACAGCAACCUCACAACUGACUACUGCACCAACCAUUUCAAUCCGAAUACGCCCAAUCACCCAUCUGUCGCGUAUUACUCUUACGGUGCCGCCGCGGAUAUACCCGGUUGGUCACCGUUGCAUUUCCCAUAUCAAAUAAUUAAGGCUAAAGAAGGGCUAAAUGAUGGGUUGGUUAGUGUGAAGUCGGCGCAAUGGGGUAGAUAUAUUCAGACUGUGGAUUGUGAUCAUUGGGAUUUGACUGAUCGUUGGCGUACUAAGAUUGGAGCAAAUAAAUUUGAUCCCGUGGAAUUUUAUCUUCAUGCAGCAACCUUUCUUGCCAAGGAAGGUUAUUGA